AUGUCCUCUUCUGCGCGGAAACUCAUCAUCGACUGCGACCCGGGUGUCGACGACACCCUCGCCCUCCUCUACGCCCUCAACUCCCCCAACUGCGACAUCGCCCUGAUCUCCCUCUGCUUCGGCAACGUCCCCGUCUCGACCUCGAUCAGAAACGUGCUCUCCAUCUUCCAAGUCCUCGAGUCCGAGCGCGCCUACCGCACCCAGUACAACCUCCCCCUGCUCGGCUACCACACCCGCACGCAGUCUCUCUCGCCAGACCACUGGCCGACCAUCGCCCUCGGCUCCGACCAGCCCGUCUCCUCGCGCCGGACCACCGGCGCCGAAUUCUUCCACGGCGUCGACGGUCUCGGCGGCGUGCACGAGAAAGCGCCGCAGUUCUCACCCCCGGAGACGUUUUUGCUGCCGUUCCUCGACGCAGAGAGCUUGUCGGCGGAUAAACAGAUCACGCGCGAGGAACUGAUUGCGAGCGCAAAGGGGUAUAAACCAUCCAGCACGCCCUCUUGGCGCGAGAUCCUGCGCGUGCUGCGCGAGGAGCCGCCGAAUACAGUCACCUUAGUCGCGCUCGCGCCGCUGGCAAACAUUGCGCGCGCGGCGAUCGAGGAUCCAAUCACUUUCUCGCGCGUGAAAGAGAUUGCCUGCAUGGGCGGCAACAUCGAUCAUCCGGGCAACAUGUCUCCGUUCGCAGAGUACAACGUGUACGCGGACGUCGACUCCGCCGCGAUCGUGUUUGCAACCACCUCGCGCACGCCCGCGAGCACGCUCCCGCCGUCGGCGAGCGCGCUGGGCUCCGCGUUUGCGAACCCGGCGUACGUGCCUACGAAACUGUACCUGUUCCCGCUCGACCUGACCUCCAAGCACCGGCUGCGCAAGCGCUGGUUCGUCGACCACUGCGAGUUCUGGCUCAACCGCGAGACAGACAAUAAAUCUCAUCAGCUGCAGCAUCCCGGCGACGCGCCGCUCGCAAUGUGGAUGAGCGUCUGGCUCGGGGGCGCGUUUGGGAAUAUGGACGACAUCGUCGACUUUGAGAAACAGCACUACACGCCCACCGAGGUCGACAUCGAAGACGGCGUGGUGGGCUCCUACAUCGAGAUGCACGACCCCCUAACCGUCUUCUUCGCCGCCUGCACCGACGCCGAGCGCGCGGCGCUGUUUGAGAUCUCGCACGACGUCGACAUCCGCGUCGAAACUGUCGGCCAGUUCACGUGGGGAAUGUGUGCGGUAGAUCGGCGAAACAUGCCUAAACGCGACGCGAACGAUCCCGCGCCGAGAGACGUGGGCGAGUGGUUGGCGCUCGAGAAGGGGAAUCGGCUGCAGCUUGCGGUGAAGGGGCCGGGGUCGAAGGCGUUUAGUAAACAGUUGCUUGAUACGGUGUUGUCUGCGUUGUGA